AUGCCGGGCCCGGGGACGGACCCCGGUACGUCUGGAUUCAUAACGCAGGAUGUGACCGCUAAGCGCGAACAUCCGCAGUCCCUGGAUUCGUCUUCCGUCGAGACGCCUGGCACAGCCGAGUCCUUUCCGGGUGCUGCAACGUUCACCGAGCAAUUGGGGCGCAGAAGGACGAUUCCGCCACUGGUCUGCAAGAAAACUGAAAAAGGCCUCAAGACGACUACGAGAAAGGCCACCUCCUCUGUCCCAGGCGUCGAUGCCACCUCCAAGUCUGAACUCGUCAAUGGGACGCCACCAGAAGUCCCACCGAUGUUUCCCCGGGGCUCAGUAGCUUCGCAGGCAUCUCCUCCACUGCUAGCUACACCCCGGCAGCGUCAGCAGGAACCUGCGUAUCCACUGCAGAAUUGGGCUAACUCGCCGGAAAACUGGACGGUGGAUGGUACAGCAGAGUACGUUUCCGGGAUCCCUGCGUACGAGCGCAUUGCUGAGAAGUUCCGCCACCACGAGAUCCAUGGCGGCGCGUUGUUCCUCAUCAAGGAACACCGCCUCAUUAGGACGAUGGACAUGAAAGUGGAACCGGCAUUGAAGAUGUGUGCCACUAUAGGUACACUUCGCGAGGUGUUGUCCUAA